AUGGCCGCCAUGGGGGCCAUAUUGGAUUUCGGAUCGACCCGAAAAACAACAACACUAGGUCAGGACCAGCUCGGGAUCAUUUCAGAUCCAGCACGUAUUGCCAUAAGAACAGUGAAAUAUUGUUUUGCCAUUGCUAAUCAUUGCUGGAUUCUAGAUUAUAAGUGGAUAGAAGACAGCAAGCAAGCAGGACACCUGUUACCAGAGGAAGAUUAUGAGAUAAUUGGGGAUUCUACAACUGGAACAAAAAUUCAAAGGCCAAAAGCUUCACGCAUGACGGGUUCGUCGCUGCUGACAGGGUAUGAAGUAUACUGUGAUGAAAAAUCAAGUAAAGAUAUUGACACAGAGAUUUACAAGAAGACUGGAAUUGUGACAGUAGUUCGUGACUGGGUCUUUGAUUCACUUUCAUUACACAGUGUGCAGCCAUUAGAUGAAUACAAAUUUACUGCAGAGGAAAACAUGGUAAUAAUUCUGAAGAUGAUGAGAAUGAUGAAAGCGACAAGGACAGCGAGAUGGAUUUUUUUUGGUUGCGGUGAUUAUGAUGAGAAAGAUCCAGAUUAUGCAGAUUUGGAGUCGGAAUCUAUAGAAGAAGACGAAUAUGUGUCAGAUUCAUCAGGGAUAUCAGAAUUAUUCCCAGUUCAAAGUGUUUCCAAGAAUAGUGGAGAUUAUAAACAUAAUGUUGAAGUGCUAAAGAAUGGAACUGGAACAUUGGUUACAUGGACAAGAAAAGAUGAAACAACAAUCACAGCAAAAGAAUACCUGCCGUGUGAAGAUUGUCUAGCCUUUUUCUUGAAUACAAAUUUGUGGAGACAUAGGAAAAUUUGCCCAUUUCGAAAAAAUGAUAGGAAUAAAAAAAGAUUAAAGUCACAGGCAUCUCUUCUGCUGCCAAGUUCAGUUGUGAUCAGUGAGGGUCUUCAAAGAAAGGUGUUGAGUCGUAUGAAUACCGAUGAAAUUACUAUGGUUGUGCGAAAUGACCCAGUCAUUUUACGUAUUGGGGAAAAAUUGUUCCAGAAACAUGGUCACCUACCUCAUCUGUAUCCGCAUGUUAGUCAAAAAAUGAGAGAGCUUGGACGGUUUUUAAUUUCGGUAAGGAAACAAGACACAGAGAUAAAUUUGCUGUCAGAUGAACUAGUCCCCAAAAAUUUUCCAAUUGCUGUAAAUGCAACAAGAAAGCUCUGCGGUUACGUUGAAGAAAACAAGUACAGCAAUCCUUCUCUGGCACUGAGAAUUGGACACCUGUUGAAAAAAUGUGCAAAGGCAAUGUCUUUGAUAUCUGCUGACACUCAAUCAGGAUCAAAUGCUGAUGCAUUCCUCACAUUGUGUGAAAGUGAAUGGAGCGAUGAUGUGUCCAUCGCUGCUUUACAGACUCUUAGCUCAGAGAAGAGGAACAAAGGAUCUAUCUUGCCACUGACAGAGGACAUCACCAAAAUUCAAAGAUUUCUGAAGGAGAAGUCAAGCUCAUUGACAGCAGGUCUGGAGGAAAAGUUCUCAAAGCAAACUUGGGAUAUGCUGAAUCAAGUAACCCUUGCAAGUGUUGUACUAUUCAGUCGAAGGAGAGGAGGGGAAACUGAACGGAUAACACUGAAAAAUUACUUGGACGGAAAAAAGAACCCAACAUCUUCUUUACAAGAGAUUGAAGAUUCUCUCAGUCCUGUAGAGAAGAUGUUGUGUGAUACAUUUGAGAGAGUAGAAAUAAGAGGAAAGAAAGGAAGAACAGUGCCAGUUCUACUUACACCUUGCCUGAUUAAGAACAUUGAUUGCCUUAUGAAAUACAGAGAGGAGUCUGGUGUUAGUAAGGAAAACCCUUAUCUAUUUCCACGUUCAUCGUUUGAAUCCCUAAACCCGAUCAGGAGUGCAGAUUGUUUACGGCGGUUCGCACAAGAUGCCAGACUUGAGAAACCAGAAAGCCUCACCAGCACACAGUUAAGAAAGCAUGUGGCAACUUUUUCGCAAAAUUCCACAACAAUUGCAAAAAUGGGAAGACUUUUGACUGCAUUUGACAAUGGAACUGUUAGCAAAUACAGUGGAAAGACACUGGAUGAAAUCCCAGUUGAUGAUGUUGAAGAAUUGCAGCUCGAUGGUUAUAUAAGCAGUGAUGACUGUUUUGAGAGUGACUCCGAUAACGUGUCUGGUCACCAAUUGUUUGACUGCAGCAAGAAAGGAAAUGGUUGUAGUUCGUCUACUGAGAAAGCUACCAGCCCACUGGCCGACAUCAGCAACAUUAAGGAUGACCUCACCAGCACCUUCGCAGGUCAACGCUGA